AUGAAUGUGUGGCAACCAUCAUCCACGAAGGUGACCAAUUCCAAGACUCAUAAUUCGAUCUCCAAAAUGACGCCAAUAAUCUCGGACGAGAACCUGAGUAUUGGAAAGCUGGUUGCAUUGGAGGGAAACAUAAAUACCAUCACAACACAACUACGACUUCUCCCACACUCGCAUAUGAUUCUCAUCGUUGCGCCUCUCGAUCAUUAUUUAAGUGAAGACUACAAACAAGAACCAUUUGAAGCUCGAGCGUUUGUCCGUGAUGUUUAUAUCGCUCUCGCACAACGAAACGAAGAAGCGAGGUCAUUUCUACGAUCAUCACCUCAAUCCAAAUUGGUAUUUCUGAAUGGUGGUAGUGUUAGUGCUCGAGCAAUAUGCAUUGCUAGAAUCUCCCAAAGGCUCACGUAUGGAAACUUCGCAGAAGCAGAGACUAUCUUUCAUAAUAUUGUCAAGGAUGGAGUAGCAGGUCUUUUCAGAGAUGUGAAGUCUUCAAAUCUCGUUCCUGAUCCAGGACCGGCAAAAGCAGCAGCGAGAACUCGCGCGAAGUUACCGAAGAGGUUGGAUUUAAGAAGUACGAAAAGCGCAGCGACAUUACGCACAAAGGACCUGCCAGGGCAUGAGGACAAUAUUGAAGGGAAACGAAUACAUGGAGCCAAUGGUCUGAGAAGUAGAGAUGAUAGUGGCCUUCAAAUUAUACAUAUUUCUGGAGAAUCUAGAACAAUUACACCAGAACCAUCAUCGUGGAAGUUCCAGAAUGGUGAUAAUAUCCGGACGACGAUCCUUUCGAUACCUCCUGAGCCCAUGCUAAGUCAACCCAAUAGAGCAGGCAGUCGACUUAGCCAGUACAGUGGCACAUUCGGCCCUCAACCUCCAUCAAGCUCGAAGCCUUCUUUUCCAGUGCCGAGAAGUAGAUAUUCAACGCAAGAAAAUACGGACAUUGACGAGGAUGAGGAUUACUUUGAAUACAUCUCACAAGACGACGAGACCUCAUUUUCUACACCCAACGUUGUCUAUGGUGAAGCAUGUGUUGUGGAUAUGCAAUCUGCUUUGCCAACACCUUCUACGCCUACGGGAUGGCCUAAGUCGGCAGGGGAUAUGUUAGUGGACGACAUCUUGGAAGAUCUGAGGGAAUUCAAACGUGCAGCAUCAGCAAAUGAUCUUAGGAAUACCUUAAAUAUAUCGAGGAAAAGUUCCAUUAGAGAUUCAACUUUUAAGCAGUUGCCCAAAACGUCAUUUGUAAAGGCCUCCAGAACUACGAUCAGGAGCCCUUCGAUUGCAAGCACUCCUAUGUCAGGCAAUUCGACGGGCUCAAGCUCAAAGAGUAUACCCAGGAUAACUAAGGGCAGUGGUUAUAAGGUUAAGGAGGAUUUCAGUUCAAAUGGGCCGGUGUUCGAUAUCGUUGAGGAUGUAGUAAUUCAUUUCACGGAUAAUUCGCCAAGAGAGAUCAUGCGAUCGAUAUCAGAGUAUAGAAGCGGCAAUUUUCCAAUCUCUCCACCGACUUUACCGCGACCAUUACCCACGCCUCCCAGUACAGCGAAUAUGGCUGAUGAAGGUUUGAAUUCGAGACAGUUCACAAAUCAAGAGAUGGGUAAAAGCCAUUGGGACUAUCAACAGCGUGUCGAAUCCGAUCCAUUCUUUUUGAGCGGGUCGCCUGUUCACGAGGAGAUGGAGCAACGGAGGGCGUCAGAAAACGUUGACGUUGUGAUCAACGAACCUCUACCAACGCCCGCAUCAACUACGUUUCCUACUUACAAAAACAAGGUCGAUGAGUUCUACGAAUUUUCAGGCGCCUAUACCAAUAAGUCAAUGGACAUACAAAAUGAAUUCCGCUCCUUUUUAAAUUUUCACUUCCCAAAUGAGGCUGCAGCACUUAGCAAACAUCAAAAUUCGGUAAUGUCUGGAUUGGGUCCAUUCUUAAAAGACAUGUUUAGUAAUGGUAAUUCAACGUGUUACGAGGGACCCGCUGUUGAUCAGAUUCUUGCGGUUGGGUGCGAGAAGGGAAUAAGUAAUGUUUUAUGUGCUCAACUACUUGGACAAGUUGAACAAAUUGGUGUCAAGAAAAAUGGCGAGAGCCGAAGUGGUAGAAUAGAUCUCAGAUUUCUAAUUGCAAGUGCCAUGCAAACGUUCAUGUCUCAACCACCUCCUGCGCGUAAAGGUUUAGAUCCCAUGAGCGAUCCCAGAUUGCUUGCCGAUCUGAUUGUUCCCCAUCUCGAAUUAUAUCUAGCUACGAACUCGCUCGUUCGAUUCCUCGUUCUCAGUUUUCCAUUUGAUCAAAUCGCAACCGUAAUUGCUCUUCGCAGUCUCCUAGGCUCAGAUCUUGUCAAAGUAGCUGGGGUUUUAGAUACGCUUUCGUCCGAUCCUCCUUCAUUCGCCAAAUCCUCUCUAUCUCAAUUUCAUUCUUCGCAUCGUUCAUACGAUUUCGCUAUUUCUACGGCUCAUCGACGUCCCGAGCUUUCAGAUCGCAAUGUCCUGAAAUCCUCUUUCGACGUCUCCAAAGUAGCGGGUGCAGAAACAACACUUAAUUGCCCUCCAUCCUCCUACUCCCUCUUCUUCAAGGCAGACUAUCAUCUUCCUUCCACGGCCUCCUCCUUGGAGAUACAAAAUUUUCUAGACCUCAUCCGGCAAAAUAUCGUUGAGAGAUUAUCCUGGUACAAUGUCGAACAAGACUUUCCCCAACUCUCCCCAACAUCCAGUUAUACCGUCCUUACGCAAGACGCAUCAACAUCCACCUACGAAGAAUUACCACGUGCAGAUUCCAACACCCAUAUGCCCACAUUAAUCUUCCCCGAAGAUUCUUAUCGUACAUCUUCCCUAUACGACUCCCCCAGUGAUUCCGAAAUCGAGGUUCCACGUUCGCCAACGAUACUAUCUCCCUCAUCUCCAUACCCAAACAGCAAUCGGCCAACGGGAAGAAUACCAUCGCUUGUGGGAGCAGAUUCGACUUCUAGCGGGCAUAGUGGUAGUGGUUCGACGAUCCGUCAUAUCCCUAUUGCGAUUGAGCGACAAUCCUUACUUUCCUCUGAUCUCCAUUCCCCUCUCCUAAAACUUUCUCUCUCACACUCGGAGUUUUCUCCUGAUCCUCAAUCCAUCACCACGAACCAGAUCAAAGAACCUCAACAACCCCAUCAACAACAACACGACGACGAAGAAGACUUCGCAUAUGCCCUCCCCAACACCCCAUCCUCUCCGCCAUACCUCGAUCAUCCCCAUUCCGCCCACCUUUCCAUCGCCGAUUCUCGCCUCUCUCUCGCGGACUCCCAACUCGACUACACGUACGAAGAAGACAGCGAUGACGACGCCUACGAUCGCAUGGUCAUGGGUUGUUAUUCGCCCGUCGGCGCUCGGAGACGCAGCAUGUUUUCUAAUAAUCAUAAUAAUACUAGUGCUAAUGCUCCAUUCGGAGGCAGAAAUGCGAGGGAAAGAGAUGAGCUCGAGAUGAGGGGAUUGGUUCACAAGGGGAAUAGUCGGAAGGCGUUGAAGUGGUUGGGUUUGGCUUGA